AUGAGUGAAGAUGAACAACUACAGCAAGAAAUUAACCUACUAGAGAGGGAUGUCGUCAAAUUGGAAGAUGAACUAGAACAACUUGCUCAUGACGAGUCCGCACUACUCAAAGAGGUGGCAAAACUUGAACAGCUUCAAGAGGAGCAGAAUGAACCACUAGUCGAAGAUCAUCGUGAUGUCGUACCCAUAAUCAAACACACUUACUUUGACCCUUCGAUUGCUCAAUUUUUCGACGACGCAGAAGCUACAACACAAGUCCAGCCACUUGAGAAAAGGUUCAUUGACAAAGCUGAUACGAAAGAAAACAUCAUGUAUGAAAACAUCCUUCGUAUGAGUGGGGUCACAGCAUUUCCCAUAAAUAAGCACUUGUUUCCCAAUGAUGAAAUUUUGGGAAUAAGGUUUGACACCUUUUCAUCGAAAAGCAGGUCUUUCAAGCAACCUCACUAUGUAAUCUUAUUGAAAAGCAAGCUCAAGAAUGAGCAGUCAUUUUGGAGGGUUCAUAAAACCACUUUGCCUGUGCACGUUCCUUUAGAUCGGUACCAGGAGGAGCUUGAGAAGACACAUGAUCUUGACAAGUUUGCCACACUGAUACACUUGUAUCUUGCAAGGGACAAUGAAAAGAAAGAAUCUGAUACUUGA